UUCCUGUGAAGACGUUUGUUCGUGCAAAACCCCAAAACUUUGAGGACAUAAAUAUGUAUGUUUGCUUACGAUGACAACCUCGGCGGCGGUUCAUUUGACGUUACGUUUACAACUACCAUCCGCUAGGAUAGAUUAAUAUUUACCUAAGCUGCGAAAUAUGGAUUCCAAGUUGAAAGUAUUCACAUUUCAGCCUGCGGCUUCGAGACAGCGUCUGAACGUAAAUUCAAGAGUUACUUUGUCAUUUAUUUAAUUAUACAACUGGAGAACAUUCUAUCAGCAAAAACACUAGCACAGCACAGAUAAUUUUCUGCCGCAGAAGUAUAGAACAAUUCACUUAGCUUUUAUCAAGGGAAAUACUUUACGUGGAAGACUUGUUCAAAUAUCUAGCUUCGAAUAUAAAAAGAAUUCUAUAGAACCAGACAGCGUAAUCUCUGAUUGAUCGCAACUCAAUAUCGAGAUUUCUAUGUUUGGUUUAGAACCACUAUUUACUUUAGUGUAGUUUAAGAAACCAAAAUUACAAAUCCACUGGGGAUUAACACAAUGUCCCUUUGAGAAACAUGCGCCCAGUCAGCCUUCAGCUUCACUCAUUGUGCGUAUAUAACACGCCAACAACUUCCUUCCCAUGCGCAUAUCGCGCCUUAUGCGUAAUGUGCGACAUAAUCAAUGAUCAAGCAACUUACACUUAUAGGAACCGAGGUUCGCAAGCAACAAGCCGGCAUGAUUAUUACGACAGGCUGCUCGUCGGCUUCAAGUUGGGUUACCGCAAUUAGAUUUAGCAACACGCUCAUUCGCAAAGUAGGUCAAGAUUGUGAAUCACGUGUUCAUGAGAUAUGUGUUAACGCGAGACAGAACAGUUAAAGCGAUGCUCUUUUAGGCCGAGUGUGCUGGUAUAGCUAAUGAAGCUCUGUAUUAGACGAGGGAGUUUUGCAAACAAGUACUGAUGUUUGCGCCUGGUACAUGGUAUCUGCUUUUCAUAAGUUAUCUGAUUAUUUACAGCUAAUAGCCGGAUAUGAAUAAGGUUUUCAUUUUUUCUAGCUUACGAGUGAUUAACAUUAUAAUGCUUGAAUUUUUGUAUAGUUUUAUGUUGUUGUUGGUUAAAAUAAGGCUAACAAGUACACAUAGAUAACAAAAUUAAUAAAACUUUCCCGGAUAUGCGAUUUCCGCCCGCAAAAUUAUGCCUUCUGGUCAGCUCCCUUGCAUUUUUCAAUUUCGGUGUAUUUGUAAUGUUUGCGCCCAAACAAUGGAAAGCAGCGCGAUUUUUCAGACUGAGUUACAGAAAAAUAGACGAUUAUGUAAUCCCAAACAUCACAGUUGUGGGGUACAGAAACGAACUUGUUCCAACUUACGACAUGGACUGUCAAGAAGAUGCACAUCUGUUUGGAAAUAUCACAGUAAAUAUGUCUGCUGCAGAAGAGACAUAUUGGACUAUAUCGAACAUUGUACCACCAGUACGGAACCUUACGUCAAACGAAACAUGCAAGUAUUUGGGACAACAUGCUAUGAUAAACGGUACAACAUCGAAAGAGACGGCCAUUUUCGAACCAAUUCACUGUCGCUUCAAACAUUCGGUGGCAAUUAUAAUACCUUUUCGUGACCGCGAAGAGCAUUUACGUAUCCUUUUGGGUCAUCUAAUACCAAUACUCCAAAGACAACUUAUUCGGUACAGCGUAUUUGUGGUAUCACAAAUGGGCAAAGAAACAUUCAACAAAGGCAGAUUAAUGAAUACAGGAUUUGAAUUUGCUGUCAGAACAGGACAACGUUCAGGAAUACCGUUCAGUUGCUUCAUUUUCCAAGACGUUGAUUUACUGCCAGAAUACGACACCUUACGAUACCAGUGUUCAGAGGGGAGAAACGUAGUUGAUCAUUUGUCUACUUCAAUAAAUAAAUUCGAUUACAAACCAUUAUGUUGUGGAAUGACUGUUGGUGGAGUUGUUGCAUUUGGCGAACGUCAGUAUCGCAAGGUGAAUGGAUUUCCCAACUCAUAUUGGGGUUGGGGAGGAGAGGAUGACGAUAUCAAUAAACGAAUUCAUUUUCGGAGAUUAAGCAUUGUUCGACCAAAAGAACCUCUAGGAAGAUACACAAUGAUAAAACACGAUCGAGAUAAAUUAAAUCCAUGGAACAGUCAAGUCGAUAGAAACGUUCGCCUUGCAUUAAGAAGAAUCAGAUCAGAUGGGCUCAACAACCUAAACACAAAAAUAGUAGAUGUCGAAAAUUACCCCUUGUUUACGAAUGUACUUGUGGACGUUGGGACACCUUGACGACUUCAUAGUGGAAGAUAGUUGGUAUAUGUACACCGAUUUUGUGCCUUUGAUUUGUGCUGCAAGAACGUCGUUCAAUGGAAUUACUUAUACGUAGAAUGGAUCUUCAAAAAAUGUAUCUAUGCAAUACAAAAAUUAACCACGAGAAGUUGGAAAGUUGCAUAUGUAUAUUAUAUAAAUCUAUUACUGUGAGAGUUGGAGAUUGCGUUCCACACUAAUUGUUCGGAUACGAUGGCCAUGUGACAUAUAAAACUUCAUUCAAAAUAUUGCACAUUUUAACUGUCCAUAAUCAUUUGCAAAUUGUACAGUAUUCAAUUUUAUUAUUAGGUUUCUUCAAAAACUGCCGCGUAAUUGUGUUCAUUUUUUAUUUGUAAUUGCAAAACAGGCACGAAUCGAGCAAAUUUAGUUUGAUUUCAUCGGUAAAAUCGGAAAAAAAUAAUAAUAUUUCUCCAGUCAUUCUUUAAGGUUUAUGUUUUCGCUAAUAAUAUAUGGUCAAUAUUUACUGUUUUGGAACGUCUCAUCCUAAACCCCUUCCGAAUAAGAGUUUUUUCGAAGCCAGGCAAUCAUAAUGUACACGCACUGUAUUAACGACACGUACUUUAUGAAUAUCUUUUUGAACAAUUUUUAUUUUUAAAUAUUUAUUUAUUUUUUAAAUUUUUUUUAGUAAUGCGUUGCAAACAGCAAAUUGCAGUUUUAUAUUUAUUGUUUCCCGUUAGAAAUUGACUUACGAAACUCGGAAUGACGUUGCACUAUGUGAGACUAACCGAUCCAAUAAUUUGUAUUCUUAUUGUAGAUUAUGAUUGCAUUUCUUGCCUCGUUGUUAAAAAAAGAAGAAAUUAUUUUAUUUCUAAAAACAGUGACUAAGUUUUAAGUCUUAACUGCGUUUAAAACUAAAUAUAGUUGAGUAGAAAUAUAAUAAACAUACUAAUAUAGUGUACUUCUAUAGAAUGUACCUUUGCAAGAAGCAAGGGUAUUUACAAUUCGACGUACUGUUCCCUCAUGCUUUCAUUUAACAAAGCAAUUCGAAUCUUUCAUGUUUAAUUUUUUGAAACACCUUGGUAGGUUUUAUUUGGACAGUUUUGGUCCUUUUUAGGUACGACCAUAGUAUGUAAACUAAGGUGGCGGACACCGGAACGUAGUGUGUGUACCAGGUCAGGGUUAGGCCAUAAUUUCAGGUACAAAUACUACGGGAGUCAAUUGGCUAGUCCCCGAACUCGUAAUAUAACUAAUAUAGAGAAAAUUGGAAUAAAAUUAUGGCCUAACCCUUACCUGGUACACAUACCAUGUUCCGGUGUCCGCCAUCUUGGUUCACAUACUACGGGAGCGCCUAUUUUUAUACACAAUGGUAUACAAAGCUAUAGUCACAAGUCGUAAGAAAGUGACGAGCGGUAUUAUGCAACAAUGUGUUCUACCUAUGACUCUCAUGUUGCAAAUAAAUGAAAAUUAAAACGCAAACUGUUGAAAACAGCUCAUGUGAAAAAAUAAUCAUGUUAUGAACUAUAUUUGGGUUUUUGUCAAUAUUACUUCAUUAUGCUCAACCUAUUUUUCCUCAUCCGCAUCCACUCGUGAUAUUAUGUUUUUGUUUAGCCGUUAUAUGCACCCAAUUGUUAAAAAAUUGUUUUGUCCAACAUGUCUUUAGUGAUUAAAAUUUUGCUUCAAAUUUUUUGUUCUGUCUUCAAAAUUUAUUCUGAAUACAAUAACAUUGUGGAUGCUAUUUAUAAUGUCCAACAGAAUU